UUUAUAUUAUUAUGAUCACCACAUACGUACGAGUAUCUAUAUAUCUAGCAUUCAAUUUCAUUACCCUUUUUUACACGAGUAAAAAACAAAUCACAAACGGGAAACAUGCAAUAUAGGAAUAGUAGAUGAUGCGAAUGCGACCGAUGAGCUGUUACAAUCAGAUUAGUAUAUUUAAUUAUCAUAAAUAUUUUAUCACAACUUAAUGUAAUUGCUGUAAGUUGACUAAGAAGAAAUGAUGAGUGAUUUGAACUCUAUUAUAUAUGAUGACCCAAUUCUCUUGUAGUUAAAAGAAAGAAGAAAAGAAAUGGAGGGAGAAGGAAGAAGAGAAGAUGGAGAUAAUUGCUCUUAUCUCUGCAUCCCUUUUAACUUCAUCCGCGAUAUCUUCCGAUCGUUCUUCUGGAGUCUACCAACUCCUCCUGAUAAUUCUCCGAUAUCACAAGAAGAAGAGGAAGAGACAGAUGUUGUGAAUGUGACUUCAAGGAGUGUGGUGUCGGGGAACGUUGCAGCGCGAAGGAGUAAGCAGCAAACGAGUUCCGGGAAGCGUGGAGGUACCAACAAGGCACCUUCCUAGACUCCUAGUUUUAGCUUCCACAAGUCUUCAUUUCAAUAAAAAGUCAACUUCAACAUCAAGUAAUUAAUAAUAUAAAUAUGUUCGGAAAAAAUCCUUUACAUUUCUUCUCAAACUUAAUGUAUAUUGUUAUAAGGAUGUUUUCUUUUGUGUGAAUUAUGUGAUUCUUGACUGUUCGUAAGUUCUUUAAGUCAUUCAUUUCAUAUUCUUGUGCCCAAUCUUAUGGCAGUUUAAGAUUGUGAAUUCUGAACUACAUAUCUUGGCGAAGGUGAAUAAAAAGUUUCACAAAUGGGCACAAGAAUAUGAAAAACACAAUGAUUUACUGAUCAAUAGUUACAUAUCAGUAAAACAACUUUUAUUAUUUAAACAAUCAAUAAUAAAAGUUGGUUUACUGAUAUGUAACUAUUGUAGAGUGGGUCAUUCGUACGCAAACCAAAAUAUUCCCUUUAUCUGUUCCAAAAUGAAACUAAACGCCAAGGGUUUUGUGGGUUUGAACAGUUGGCCACUGAUCUCUGCAUCUGAAAUUCAAACUCCACAUUUUCCAUUGUAUAUUCAUGAUUGUUUUUCUUUUGUCAAAGUUGUAUAUGAAUUUAUGAUAAAAACAAUUUAGCCAAAAAAUGAAACUAAACACUCUACAAAGCAGCAAAAAGAUAUCUUU